UAAUUAUAACGGUGGACGUGUUCGCAGUUACCUUUUGAUUGUUUGCUUACUCUCUCAGACUCUCACCGAAGUAAAAGGCACUGGAAAACAUGAAAUUGCUGCAUUUAUGGCAAUGCUACACUAUAAUAUCAGCAGGACUUCUCCACACAGUUCAUACCCAGUGUACUGCUGGCAGUGAUGAAACUGGAACAACCAGUGCAAAUCCUAUCUUUGGUAUGGUGCUCAAUAUUGAUGACAGGGCAGAAUGCACUGGACACAUAGGAAGAGUAGAAUACACUUAUUAUCAAGGAGUAAAGAUUAACAAUCAAAUCAGGAAUUUUGUUUCUUCUGUCUCAGUAUGGAGCCAAUCUUCAACUGUAUUUAAUUUGAGAGGUAUCAGACAAUACCUUGCUAAAACAAGCAGCAAUCCAGCUGGAAACAGAGGUAACACUGUCAGUGUUACUCCUCCACUAUUCAUAAGGAAGGGGGAAGUCAUAGGGAUAUACGUGCCAGCACCACAAGGAAAUGAGCGUGAUGUAACCUUUGUUGCAGAUGGAAGUGGCAGCAUUUGUGUAAAUGGUAGCAGUGGCAAUAGCAUCAGUUGCUCUACUCUCAAUGGGAAAAUACUUAGAGCAAAAGCUACUAUAACUCCAAUAACUUGCUCAAUUCCGAUACUAAUUAAUGGUAGAAUCUUGGAAUCCCCUAAUGGGCUUCUUAUCUCAUCUCUUCCACUAAUAAAUGAUAUUGUGUAUUAUAAAUGCAAUCCUGGUUAUAUACUUACCGGUCCUAGUUUGAGUGAGUGUGUAUUGAAUGGUGAAAGUGGUGCUCUGAAUGAAACAGUCCCUACAUGUCAGAAUGAGAUCACACCACCAAAUUUAGCAACAUCACCUUCAAUCACUCCAUCAACAACAAAACCAACUUCAAUCACAAGAACCCCAUCAUCAAAAUCAGUUCUUAUCACUACUGUACAGCCUACCACCACACAAUCUACAACCAGUGAUGAUUUAAUGACAGUCACCACUGAUAGAGUGUGUCCAACUUGUACUAUUGAUAAUAGUCCUACACCAACUACAGGGGCAGUGGACUCUAGCAAUAUGACACUACUAAUACUAGGAACUAUUUCAGGGACUGCUUUAAUGAUAGCACUGCUAGUAUUAGGUGCUCUUGUCAUUCUAUUCACUGUAUUCAUCACAAAGAGAAGAAAAAAGAACAGUAAUAACAUGAUUGAGAACCCAUGCUGUAAAAUUGAUGCUCUGUACCAGACAGUACAAGAUGAUUCCAGUGACAACAAUAAAAGACAAAACAAAAAUGAGACAAGAGUAAUUUGUAGCAUCAUCAGUGAAUAUGAUGAGCCACCAACAAGCAGAACGCAUGAUAGCCAUGUAGAGGAGUAUGAAAUGCCAGUAAUGGUUAGCACCAAUUCUCACCCCACAGAGCCUAGGGGAGCAGGAGCAGUUUCUCCAGUAGCUAAUAAACCAACAGGUUAUGAAGUGCCUGGCUAUUUCACAUUGGAGGAAGGAGAGCAUUACUACAGGCAUCUCAAACAAGUUAUGACAGAGAAGGAGAAAGAGAUAAAAUAUACUCCUCCAGCUAGAGAUGAGGGACAGCUUUACAUGCAGCUCUGUCAUGCAAAGCAAAUACAAUCAGACUCACUUGUUUUAGACAGUAGACUUGGGUCUGGCCAGUUCGGUGAAGUCUACAAAGGAAGACUAGGAGAUAAGAUGGUAGCCGUUAAACUAAUGAAGGAAGGCUCCUUACAUGAAGAAAGAGUUAAAUUUCUACAAGAGGCAGCAAUCAUGAGACAAUUCAAUAACUUGAAUAUAGUGAAGAUGCAUGGGAUAGUAUUUGAAAAUGAAAAGGCAAUGAUUGUCAUGGAAUUGUUGGAAAACGGUGACUUACAGAAUUAUCUACUUAAGCUAAAGAGAAAGUAUUCAAUAGUCAUAGGUGUCUUUAUUCUACUAAUACCUAUUCAUAGCAAUAAAGCUUCACCUUAUCAACUCUUAAACUUCUGUCGUCAGAUCUGCCUUGGAAUGACGUACCUCUCCUGCAAAGGAUUCAUUCACUGUGACCUUGCAGCUAGGAACGUUCUAUUAUCAAAAGAAAACAUUUGCAAAAUAGCUGAUUUUGGAAUGUCAUGCGACUUGGAAAAUGAAGCAUAUUAUUACUCCAAAGGAGGGAAAAUCCCAAUAAAAUGGACAGCCCCAGAGGCAGUUAUCAAACGCAAGUACUCAUCAGCUUCUGAUGUAUGGAGCUAUGGUUGUGUACUAUAUGAGAUAUGGAGUCUUGGACGAAAACCAUUCGAGACAUAUUCAAACAUUUACGCACUGGAGAAGGUUAAAGAUGGGUACAGGCUGCCUCCACCACCUGGCUGUCCACGCUCCAUUUACAAGCACAUGAUACAGUGCUGGCAUCCCAUUCCAAGAGAGAGGCCAGACUUCCACAGGCUCAUGCUCUCCAUGCUUCAGUUGGAAUCUGAAGAGAAUGAUGAGCUCCCGUCUCCUGAAGCUGGUCAAUUAGGAGGAGGUCUAGAGGCAGGGGAAAUGCUAUACCCUGACCUCCAGAAUGCAUACAGGGGAAUGAAAGUCAACUAUAAUUAAUAUAAUAAUAGUGAUACAUGCAUUACAGACAUUGACUGAUUCAAUUAUUUUAAUGCCUUAUUAAAACAUUUGCAUUAUUGGUUGGCAUAUUAA